AUGGCGUCGGUUUUCCUGUAUCACGUCGUCGGAGAUCUAACGGUGGGAAAGCCAGAGAUGGUCGAGUUUUACGAGACGGAGACUGUCGAAUCGGCGAUUCGAGCGAUCGGAGAGUCGACGGAGUGUGGGAUUCCGGUUUGGAGGAAGAGAUCGACGCCGUCGCUUCCUGGGUUCGUGGAGAAUAGCGAGAUGAGACAGCAUAGAUUCGUCGGGAUUUUGAAUUCGCUUGACAUCGUUGCUUUCUUGGCUAAGACUGAGUGUCUGCAAGAAGAAAAAGCUAUGAAGAUUCCUGUCUCUGAAGUUGUUUGUUCUAACAACACUCUUCUCAAACAAGUUGAUCCUGGGACAAGGUUGAUAGAUGCUUUGGAGAUGAUGAAACAAGGAGUGAGACGACUUCUGGUUCCGAAAAGCGUUGUCUGGAGAGGUAUGAGCAAGAGAUUCUCCAUUCUUUACAACGGAAAAUGGCUGAAGAACAAUGAAAACUCUAGCAGCAGCAGUGGUCUCACUGCUGACUCUACCAACAGGCCUGCUACUUCCAAGGCUUCAAGCCGGGACAAGUUUUGCUGUCUCUCAAGAGAAGAUGUGAUACGCUUCCUUAUAGGUGUUCUUGGAGCAUUAGCUCCUUUACCGCUCACAUCUAUCUCCUCUCUUGACAUCAUCAAUCUAAACUAUAACUUCAUUGAAGCCUCUCUUCCAGCCAUAGAAGCCACUCGACAGCCACCUUGUGACCCUAGUGCGAUCGCUGUGUUGGAACAAACCGAAAGCGAAAAACAGUUCAAGAUUAUAGGAGAGAUCUCAGCUUCAAAGCUCUGGAAAUGUGACUAUCUUGCUGCAGCUUGGGCUCUAGCUAAUCUAUAUGCAGGACAGUUUGUGAUGGGAGUUGAGGACAACAUGUCGUCUAGAUCAUUCAGUGACUUCCUCCAAACUUCAUUUGUUGGAGGAGAGCAGAACAACGGAACAGCGAAAACAAAGGCCAAGAAGUUCAGUAGCAGGAGCAUUGGUUUCAAUCCAACAAGCCCGACGAGGUUGAGCAUCGGUAGGAGCAUGUACAGGGGAAGAAGUGCGCCGUUAACUUGCAAAACGUCGAGCUCGUUGGCUGCGGUUAUGGCUCAGAUGCUUUCUCAUAGAGCCACACAUGUUUGGGUUACAGAGGCUGAUUCUGAUGAUGAUGUUCUUGUUGGAGUUGUGGGUUAUGGAGAGAUCUUGGCUGCUGUUACUAAACAGCCUUCUGCUUUUGUUCCUUCAAAUCGGUCUUAUGAAGGUUUUGGGAAUGAAAAUCAAAGCUAA